AUGACGCUCCGUUGCCUCUUGUAUGGCUUACUCUUAAUAGUAACAACACAUCUUGAUCAAAGCUUAGAAGAAGAUAAAACAGGUGACAAAAUUUACACAAACUCUUGGGCCGUUCAACUUGAUACGCACGAGAAAUCGGUGGCGGACGAUGUGGCGAGGAGCUUAGGUUUUGAAAACCGCGGUGCGGUAGCAAAUUUAGCUGGACAUUUUCACUUUGUUCAUGGACAAACUGGUAGUCGUCAAAAACGUAGUGCGGACCAUCACACUCAACCCUUACUAGCGCACCCUCGGGUAAAACGGGCUAAACAACAAACUCUGCUUUUCAGAUACAAGCGAGGGUUCAAGGCCGUAGACAAAACUCUUGCCCAUGUUAGACGCGAAGAACAAAACAGGGAAUACUUCGAUGAUCCAGAAUGGCCAAAGCAAUGGUAUCUUUACGAUAGUGGAUUUGAGGGGGCAAGCGGAAACUUGGGAGUUUUGGAAGCCAAUAAGCGUGGUUAUACUGGGAAAGGGGUAGUUGUUACUAUUGUCGAUGAUGGCUUGGAUCAUAGACAUCCGGAUUUAAUGGAAAAUUACGAUCCACAAGCUAGCUGGGACAUUAACGGGAACGACGAUGAUCCCACACCGGAUAUGUCGACACCAGCCAAACUUGCUGAAAAUUCUCAUGGCACAAAAUGUGGAGGAGAAGUGGCAGCAGCCGCGAAUAAUGAGAUUUGUGGAGUUGGAGUUGCACCUAACGCUUCCAUUGGCGGAAUACGAUUCCUUGACGGAGACGUCACGGACGUUACUGAAGCGCAAGCACUGGGCUUAAACUGUGAUUAUAUUCACAUCAAAAGUGCGUCUUGGGGGCCUAAAGAUGAUGGUAAAACAUUUGGCAAACCGGAAGCACUUGCCGCGGAAGCCAUUAAGAACUGCGCUUUGAACAGCAGACAAGGUUUGUGUUCAAGUAUUAUGCUAUCAAAUGUUAAACUAACAGAGGAAAGAUAAGGUUAAUUCUAGGUAUGUCAAGCGCAAAUUAGUAUCAGCUAUUCAGCUUCCUGGUUAAUUUUUCCUUAAUCCAAGGGUAGAUCUUCUCCGAUUGAUAAAAGUAAAAUAUGCGCAUAGUUGACUUUAAUCCUAACUGAUCAAGUUGUCAAAACGACAGCUUUUUGCAUCAACGAUUCAAUUACCUUAUACUCGGCUGAACCGUCUACUUUUUUAAAUAAUCGUACCUAACUAUUUUCAACCCAGCUUACAGUCGUAUAAAGAAAAAGACAAUCAAAUCAAUGGCUUUCUCUAGAGUUUCUACAAAAUAUGAUACUGGGAACUACGAGAAGCACAACGCUUUCACAUUUAGAGUUGAGAUAUCAUUGCAACCAUGCAGGUGCAUGGAAAAUUGUGCAUAAUAUUUGAAUGUUCCAAUGACAGGAAGAGUGAACUUGAUAGUAAAGAGAAGUGUCUUUUUGAUGGAAAAGAUAUACUCAGCUCUUGUUUAAUUCUUCGUCAUCAAUGAGUGAUGUUGUUUUAGUGUUCCUAUAAAAACAAACUGCCUUGAAAUUCCCACUUUUUCUCGGGACUAACAGGUUGAAUUUCGAUUAAAGGGGGGUUUUGAAAAGGGGAUGGCGUCAAUUGAUGAGUUUUAAAAUUACCACACGAAAAUUAUAUUUCAGUGAAAUUUCUCUUAAUUUUUGUGCUAAGAUGUUUUAUACACCUUUUCCUUGUUUAUUUUCAAUACUUUUAAAUCCACAGUCCUCAUUCUCUUCAGUCCCGGCAGACGCCUCGUUAUCAAUCUGAUCUCCAUCAUAUUCCUUCCCUUUGCGUUAAUGUGGAGAAGGAGAUAACUGCCAUUACGCUAUACUUGAAAUCUCUCUAAGAGAUUGAACUGACAAGUUGAAGUCUUUAGCCCUCAUUCUGUUAUUUGUAAACUGAGGUAAACUCCAAAACCGCGUUGGAUACGCUAACUCAAUUCCUUAUCUCUUCAAACCUACGUGUUUUAGAGACGUAUUUUUCCUGUAGUAAUUUGUGGGCUAUAAUAACCCAAGUCUAGACUAGCCUCCCAUGCAGGCGUCUUUAGGGGAGCUCGUUUGUGGGGAGGAAUGAACGACAAGCUUCCCUAAAAACGCCUGCGUGGGAGGCUAAGUGUAGACUUGCUAAACAAAACUCGAUCCAGCAGGGGCUUUUCUUUUACGCGACUACGUAAGAGAAACUGUCUGAUAGCAACUAAAAUUUGGCCUGAUGGCGGGUUAGGACUGUUGGAGAAAUACAAAGCGUGUUGAAAUUGGCUGGUUAGUACUCAAAAUUAGACUGAUCUCGAUCUGAGCAGAACAUCUCAAUCCUCUCAGUCGUUACUGUAAAGAAGCUACCUUCCCACCAUAAAGUAAUAUCUUUUUCUGGAGCACACACGUUGAUGUGACGAGUCUGUCCCAUUACGACAGCCGCGAUGGUAGGUCUUGCCCGGACUGGUUUUUCUCUGUAGCUGGUCAUUGAAUGUUGCUGCUGGGCGCUCCCUUGAGCGUCUGCCUUGUUUGGGUUCCCAAAGUAGUUUUUCAGGAUACGCUCUAACAAAAGGAUCAAACCCUGUCGAUUUUCUUGCCCUUCAUUUAUCCUUUUCAGUCUUCCAUGUUCAGAGAAGACAUAGGUGCCAAAAUUGCCCAACUCAAACAACUUCUUUUUUCUUCAAAAAAAAAAAAAAACAAACCCAUAAGAUUAAGGUCGUUAGAACUUUACAACGCUUUUGACCAAAACUAUGGAAAAAUAUUCUGCAGAUUGGGAUAAAAGCCAAAACUAGACCUGUCCUGGUCCCAUUAUGCCACUGAGUUUAGACUCCAGUCUCGGCUGUUUAACGUAAGCCGCGACAUAAAACCUAUAUCAGUAGACCUGGCUAUACAAAUGAUUUUCGUUCUCGGGGUAUUCUCGGCGGAGUGUACGAUUUGCGGGAAUAGCAGCUACCCUUCUGGCGAAACGUCCUUAGCGGCGAGGGGAGGGGAGAGAAGGCUGUUUUUUAAGGCUACAUUUAUUUCCCUUACAAAAUGGGAGGGUGGAAACCCGGGGGGGGGGGGUGUUACUUGGCUUUCUUUUUAAUGGGUAUGUGCCGAUGGCCUCUCAGAACCCCUACCCCAUUAUAGUCUAUGCUGUGGCAAUAUUGUAGACCCCAUCUUAGUCAGUUAGUCACUUUGGAAAAAAUAGGAAGUUUCGCAAUCUUAAAUUAGUCACUUACCGAUUUUGAAUCUACCUCAUAAAGCCUUUUAAUUUAAUCAUCCUGAUACGAACUGACACAUUUGUUAAACUUAAUGUGCUGUAAAUCUUUCUUUUCUUAAAUCCCUACAUACCUGAAUUCAUGUUCAGACCGCCAAAAUCCUGAAAAUGUGUAACCCCAUUCUAGUAACUCUUAUAAAAAUGCAACCCCAUAAUAGUCAACCCAGUCGCCUACUACUAGGAAGUACCCCCCCCCCGGGGGGGGAAGGGAAAAUCUCUGGGAGCCAGGUUGAAGAAGCUACGUCUAUGAAUUUGCAUUUUAUUUUUCAUAAACGGCUUCUCAGUCAAUAAGAAGUAUUCUUUAUUUUUCUCAAGGUAAAGGAACUAUUUUUGUAUGGGCAAAUGGGAACGGCGGCUAUAACCUGGACAAUUGUAACUGCGAUGGAUAUGCGUCAAGUAUAUACACAUUAUCUGUGGGUUCCAUUAGCCCUGGAGGUUUCUGCACGUUUUACGACGAAAAUUGUCCUUCUACCAUGGCUGUCGUUUAUACUGGGGAUGUCGGUGUAGGCAAGAGAGAAAGAUAUGCCAAUCUCGUGACCACAUCGCCGAAAGGGCACUGUGUAGAUUCGUUUUCUGGGACAUCAUGCGCGGCGCCACUUGCUGCGGGAAUUUUCGCACUGGUCUUAGAAGCAAAUCCCGACCUUACCUGGCGAGAUAUGCAGCACCUGGUUGUGCACACAGCCAGAAAAAAUGAUCCUGAUGGACUUUCAUGGAAGACGGUAAGACCACCAAAAAAACACCUAAAAAUGAAAUAGAAUUUACGUGCAACGCAUUUUUUUCCGCGCAAUUCAUAAAUAAAGUGCGAAAUAGGAAACGAUCAGCCAAUUAUAAAUAAUUGUUUGCAAAGACUUGACACUUACCCAGCAAUGUUGGAUUUCAAAGCGCUCACUUUAAUCGGAUUUCCCACAAACCGAUCACAUCCCAGCUGCGAGACUUUUGGUCAGCUGAGCUAGGAUCACUUGCCCGUUUUAGGCUCUGGGGACGAGACUGAUUCUAAAAGGAGAAAUUAAUCUAAAUCUUAGUAACGACCUUACGUACUAGUUUAACGGAUCUGUGCACCGUUGUGCAUUUUUAGAACGCCGCUGGACACAGUUACAGUCUUUGCUAUGGUUUUGGAGUUUUGCAUGCAAUGGACUUAAUAAAAAAAGCGAAGGACUGGACACAAGUUGAUGAACAACUAACACAUGAGGUGCCAGGUCACCUGACUCGUGAAACCAGGAAGAUACCAUCCAAUGGAAUGUUGACUUUGAAGGUAAACCACUACAAACAAACCGAGUAUUUUUACUAUCUCUUGGACAGUUCCUUUUUUUUUUUUUUUUUUUUUUUUUUAGCACGACACCCCCAAUUAUAUUUUUCCUUUUCACGCACCCCCCUUCUAAAAUACUGUUUUUUUUUAAUAAUAUUAAGAAAUUUUUUUUUUUUUUUUUUUUUUUUUUUUAGUAGGCUCGAGGUGCUGCAGAUUUGUUUGAAUUCCUUUAGCUUGGGUUUCUCACCUUUCUAACAACUCAUGUUAUUUUGUCUUUAAAAAUAGCUCACCAAUGACGACAGGACUAUAGGAAAUCUAGAGCACGUGCAGCUAGUGUUCUCAGUUCUCCAUCGUCGAAGGGGCGACAUGUCGAUUGAGCUCACUUCUCCCCAAGGGACAACUUCUCGGCUGCUGGCUACGAGGCCGUCUGAUGACUCUACCCAGGGUCUUGAUCGAUGGCCUUUCACUUCUGUGCAAUUCUGGGGAGAAACUCCCAGCGGGGAGUGGACCCUGAAGAUUCUUGAUCAACAGGUAGAGAAUUCAGUUCAAGUUCUCAGUAAAUAACUAAAUAUGGUCUGACUUGGAUAAAACCGUACUUUCUCGAUUAAACGAGGCCACGAAUAAUUAAGGGGAAAUUGCCCGUAAGUCACACAGUUUGAUUCAUUUAACAAUCGGAAAAAAUAUAUGAUACAAGUCGACUCUCUCUUAACGGACACCUCUAUAAGAUGGACACCUCUGUAAAACGGGCACCGGUCCCAAAGGUGUCCGUCUUAGAGAGAGUUGACUGCAGUGCUUUCUGUGGGGAAAAGAACAAUAAAACACGAUGGUAUUUAGAGGUGUAUCUCCUUGCUCGGUCAGAUAGGUACAAGAACAUUCCCAAAACCGCACCUGUUUUGACCCCCAUGCAUGGGUACGGAUUUCGUGAAAGUUUUUUAUCUCUUUUUGACUUAAGACUAAGAUGUCAAACAUAUCAAUCAUUUCGUUAACAAACUCUUUCUCUGUUAGUCACAGAACAGCUAUUCUCCCAGAAAUCAACAAGACAGCCAAUUUGACGAGGAAACAUCCAGACUGGCAGAUAACGAGCCCAUGGUUCAAAGCGACCUCACGCAUGGACGCUUUAAAGAAGAUUAUAUGACUCCAGUAAAUGAGGUUUUCCAGCAGGGAGACGAACCUAAUUUCCAGCAGGAAUUAAAUCACGGACGAUUCAAGGAAGACUAUAUGAAGUUAAAAGCGGAUUCAAGUGAACAAAACAACGUUAAAAGUGAUGAGCCUCAAUGUAGCCCGUCGGAAAACUCGGAUGGAGAUGUCGCAGGUUGCGUCACUGAAUGGUCUAUAGUCAUGUUUGGUACUGCUUAGCUUGACAGUUUUUUCGGAAUGUUAAGCGGGAAAGGGAGGUCGUGCCAGUUUAAAGGCUAUUAAAAUAUGAGUCAAGAAGAAGUUUUUUGUUUAUUUACGUUUCAUUUAUUCAAUUAUGGAAAAAUAUAUUUAUUAACAGUCCGACCCCGUUAAUUAGGACAAAUCAGUACCCAGACCGGUUACCGUUUUGAGGUGGUGUUACACUUCUACCGACUUUUAAAUACAACACAAUCGUAAGUUAGCUUGAAAAAAAGAUACAACAAGAUCGGGGCAGGAAGAACAGCAAGAGGGUGGGGUAGGGAGUGAGUGAGUGAGUGAGAGCGGAUGAGUCGCCUUCGCUGUUUCUUGACAUUGCAGAAAAAUGCAGGCAUAAAAUGACCUAAAACAAAAGUUUCAAUGGACAAUGAGCGGACUAACCAAUGUAUUGCUACACAGUUUGCUCUCAACACCAACAAGAAACAACCCUUGAUCGUGUUAGACAGGUGACUCUAGGCGAUCUGUAACUCAAUCCACUGCUUCCUCUCUUUUCAGGAAACCUUUAAACAAUUAGGCUAAAUAUUUCCCUGUAAUUAUAAAAUACUCCAAGCCCUAGACUUUUUCUAAAUUAACUUUCUACCGAAAAAAGAAUCCACAUAUUUGGUUAUUAAGUAAGAUGGUUUAUUUAGGAGUAUGGAUACAAAUUCUAAUACAUGACUAACAGUAAACUAACCUACUCAGUGCUACCCCUUAAUCAAGAGCCGUAAUUAAUCCUCCGAUUAUGGCUCAUGUUAUAUUUGUCGUGUAAAACAACAAAAAAACCUUGGGCCAGAAAGCUGAACAGGAAGGAAGAAAGGUUAUAAUAAAAAAAUUCAGAAGCACUUUGUGUUCUCUUUAAAGUGAGCUCAGUUCAUAUCGGUUGUGAUUUUAACCGAAAACAAACGAGUAGACUAUUCCUGCCGCCUUCUCUUGUCUUGUUUCCGGGACAUGUGUACGGCAAGACUCAAAACUUUAAAAAAAAAAACACUGGAAAGCCAGCAGCCUAAUAAACAUCUGAAAACAUUCUAGCAAAGUUGUUGUACCUGCAAAAACAAACCUAUCCCAUCUGGUUAUUUAACAUAACAUUAAAAACUACUUCAUGAAGUGUUUGUAUAGCCUGCGAGAGCAUCCGGUUUUUUCGGCUCUAGCUUCUCGCGGAGGGAGAGAAGCGACGAUCACAGAUUUUUUUUUCUCCGUAUCUCCUUGCGCUGUCACGGCCACGAUCUGAACGCCUGCAACAGGCUACAUCACAGAAUUCAAAGUAAAUUAUAUUCCGAACAGUUUUUACAAAGUAAUUGUUACACUCUAAACUUUCAAAUGCAGGUGAUCGCCAGGUCGUUGUCCUUAAUAUUGCAACCAGCGUAUAUUUACACGGUUGGAGUUACGGCAAAGAUUACGAAUUUUAUGUAUUAACUAUAAAGAAUGCCAGUUCGGAGGGGAAUUGAACACGAAUUACAAUCACUCUGCCAAUUACUUUCGUUCUCUAGACCUUGAUCGACAAAAAUAUAUAUUUACUAUUAUUUUUAAGGUCAUAAUAAGUCGUCUUUCAUAAAAUGCCUAUUACUUUUCCUUCGUGGACCAUUUCUUACCUUUGUUUUUUAAAACCGCUGGCGGCAUUUUCCUUUUUUGAACCGGGAGCGUUAGUUGCAAUGAGCCAGGGCGGAUAACCUUUAUCCUCCCUGCAAUGAGCCUUUUAUGUCCGCAGUUAUAGCAAGGUAAAAUUAAAGCUGCUAAAGAUAUAUUAUGAUUUACAACAAAUCUUUCCCUGUAUAACUGUUUCGGUGUGAUUUAGUUUCACGUUUACGAUACAGAAAGCCGAAAACUACCGUGGAAACCUGUUUGUUUAUCGAGUCUGAAUCAGAGUAUUGAUAUAACUAGUCGGAAUUAAGUCGCUACCAAGGUCAUCAUUAACCGCUCGUUGAUAAACGUGUAGUUUCAAAAGGAACCUUUGUAUUGCGUAGGUUGGUGAAUGAAAGGAGAAAUUCUGACAUGAAUUUCAAAGCUUAUGUUUUGAAAACCUUCAGAGUAGAAGGGCUUGUUGAAAUGGCCCAGCCCGCUUUAUUUACGGACUUCACUGAUUUAUAAACUUCUUGCUAGUCUUGCCUCAAACGAUCUCAAGCAUUUUGAGGCAAAUCCCUUGCCAAUUACUUGCUUUUUGUUCACAUGUGCGUGUGCUGUGGUCAAAUUAUCGCCGAUAUAAAAAGAAAGCAUUCCGUAAAGAUUUGCUAAGACUGACACCUUUUAUACGGUUUAACUGGGUUAUUGUUCCUUCUGCCAAAAUAUAUUCAGCUAUAAGCAUUCAUUUUCGCUUUCGCUUCGGAAACGUAAACUCGUUAAGUUCUUAAUGUUCAUUGUGGCCGGUAGAAUUAAGCGACACAUUAACUGAAACCGAGAAAAUUUCGCAACUACUGGUCACUAUCAGACUUUUAUGUGGUAAGCGAACUCGUGGGACUGUUCUUUGCCCGCGAGUCUUCCGUACGGUGACAGUUAUAUUAAUUUUUUUUUUCUUUCUUUUUUUAAUGUAGUUUUAAACUUUGUCUCGUCGUUAAUAUUUCAUGCAAUAGGGGCCGGACAGAUCAUAAGUGAAGAGAACAAAGCUUAAAUAACAUCAAAAGAGAAAGAGUGGGCUUAAUGAACUCAUAUCGAUUUAAUCGCAUUCCGGUCCACCUUUCGACGGCUUUUUUGUAUGAAACAGAAAACUGUUCAGUGUUCUCUGUCAAUCCACUAGAAACGAUAUUUUUUGGGCGUUGAGUCUCAUGUACAACAAUCCGAAAAAGGAAGACGAAAGAAACUUGGUUUUCUGUUCAAGAGUUAUGCUGCGAAGAGUCUGAAUAUGAAUUCGUUUCUUUUGCGGCAAUCGUCCUCGAUGGAAGACCAAAAUAACCUCUGUCUCCAUGACGCAUGAACGUGAUUGAUUGUUUGAACAAUGGUGAAACUGAACAUCUGCCACGACCUAUGUUUUUCUGCUUUAAUUUAUAUUUUACUGAGUAAAAAAAAUAACUCAAUUGUAAUGCCACGGAAAAAGUUUUCGACUCUGUAAAAUUUGGAGAACAUUCUAAAACUGUCCUUUAUUAUUAAUUUCCUUAACCGAAUAUUGAGUUAUUUCUUCGAGUUGAUUUAGUUCUGAGAUACGUUUCUGAUCCAAACCUUUUUUCCCUUUUUUUAACUGAGUUUACAGUUAAAUUGUACCUUCUGUAAUCUAAUACUUUGGAUAGAAACAAGGGGUGUUUUCAACGAAAAAGAGGCCAAGACUAACACAUAAAGUUAUAUAUUUUUAUUGCAUGUGCCGUGUUUUGCUUUAAACUUUGAAGUUUCAAUUAUUUCUGAUGACCCUCUAGACAGCUGAUGAGCAAUCUUUGCUUUUUCCUAUUUGCAUUUUCUCGAUAAGUUUUCCGGAUCUAAUAAUUUUUUAGCACCCACUAGUUUUAAAUUGGAAGUCUGUAUCUACCAAUCAGAUCAAAGAACGAAAAACUUAGGAUAUACAAUGAAAGCAAUUUACGCAAGCCAUAUAUUUUAAAUCCUUUUGUAGCUUUGACAAAUUUUCUUUUUAUUGGGUGAAAUAUUAGUUUCAAACGAUACCGUGAAGGCAAUUUACGAUCUUUUAACACCAAAAGGAAGGCAAUUUUUGCUUCAAAGCAUAUCUGCUACUCUCCCACCCCUGGUGAAUUUUGUGCGAGGGUGUUGGACAGCCAUUCAGCAUAAUAAACAACUUUCCUCGCGAGGGAUAUAAGAGGUCGACUUCGAAGCGGUUGGCGUUUUCAGAAGUUAGGAACGGAAGGCGCCGUGUGAGCUUCUCUCAAAUGAUUCUCAGAACACUGAUGUUAAGACUACUACUUUUUGUAGCAGUUUUAACAGUAACAGCUCACCAGAAUGAAAAUUAUGAAGAAGAAUAUCGAAGCGAUCAUAUCGGAGAGCUUCUCGAAGAAGGCAAGCCAGUGUACACGAACAUUUGGGCAGUGGAGCUUGACGCCGAUGACGAUGAUCUUGCCGCUGAAAUAGCGAAAAGUUUUGAUCUUACACACAAUGGAAGAAUCGGUAAUAUGCCAGGAGUUUUCGAAUUUGUACAUGAAGGCACGAAUUCCCGAUUGAAAAAGAGAUCUCUUGAAAGAACACAACAACUCACAGAUCAUCCAAGAGUGAAAUGGGCUGAACAACAACGCGUACUCGAGAGGACCAAGAGAGAUUAUCUAACGCACGAAUACUUGAGAGAAAAAGAAUUAGAGAGAAAGGUUCGCGAGGAAAAGUAUAAGAGGAUUUUCAACGACCCUGGAUGGGAAAAGCAGUGGUAUUUACUAAACUGGGGACAGAAUGAUGAACAUUUGGUAGGCGCCGAUAUAGAAGUCUUAGACGUUUGGCGUCGCGGUUUUACUGGAAAGGGAACUGUUGUGAGUAUUCUUGACGACGGAUUAGAUCACACACAUCCUGAUUUGAAGAGAAACUACGAUAAAAACGCAAGUUAUGACUUUAAUGACAACGAUGACGAUCCAUUUCCAAACGACAGCGAUCCUUACAACGCUCACGGAACUAAAUGCGGCGGUGAAGUUGGAGCGCAAGAAGAUAAUGGAAUAUGCGGAGUGGGAGUCGCUUUCAACGUUAAUCUUGGAGGCGUUCGUAUGCUUGACGGAACAGCUACGGAUAAACUUGAAGCUAGCGCUUUGAGCUUUCAGUCUGACUAUAUUGAUAUCUACAGUAAUUGUUGGGGUCCAAAAGACGAUGGGAAAACGUUCGGUAGACCGGGGCCGCUUGGUCAAAAAGCGUUCGCAGAUGGAGCGAAGAAGGGUCGUGGAGGUAAGUUUUAUAUCUAAAUAUGUCUUAAGAAGUUGUAUUUCUUUAAAACUUUUUGUCAUGUACGAUGGUAACGAUAGUAGAUUUUUUUUAUGAAUGUCCGAUUGGGGCGAAUCGGGCAUAAAAUUGUAUCACUAAAAUGAACGAGGUUGCCCUGAUCACAUUUUGAUCUGUCUUAAGCAUACAUACGCCAAAUGUCCCUCUUAGUAUUCGGAAACUGCGGUCUUCAGCUCAUUAAUAAUUUAAAGGCUAAUUUUUGAUCCUAAAAAAAUAGAAAAUUUGACAUACUACUAGUGACUUUUUUGCAAGAAAUGGGACCUUGAAAAAAAGGUUAAGAAUCCUUACUAAUUUAUUUGGUGUAUAUUCAGAAAUUUAAGUGCGAAAAAUCAAAAUUGUGACAGGAAAUUUUUUUCCUUAUUUACAUUUAAGUGGGAGUCUCUAUUGAGAUUCUUUGACGUAUGUUAUGUCGUAAAUUUUCCUUUUCUUUUUUUUGUAACUUUUGUUUGGUUUUAAUGUGAUUUCAUCGUCGUUAGAUAGUACUAUGGAGAAAAUUCAUAGCUUGAAACACUCCCUAAAUAUGUUUCGAGUGUAUUAUAUAACGGGCGAAGUUCGCCUGGCUUUUAGAAAAGGUUAUAAAAGAUCAGGUUAAUGUUUAAGUAUAUUAUCCGUGGCAUCCAAUACAAAUUAAUUUUUUACUCAACUAGUUCUUAUACUUUCCAAGCUUUAUAGUGAAAAGGAAUCCCGAAUUAGAUUUUAAAAAUGAAAAAAAACAUUUUAAGGAGGUCCACAUCAGCUCUUUAGCUGCCUUUUUUCACUGACCUACAUGACAAAUAAAGUAUGUAUGUAUGUAUGUAUGAAUCCUAGGUGGAUGAUCCAGAGGGGGGCUGAAAUCAAAGCCCCAAAAAAUCUCUCAAACUUCCAUCAAAACCCCCAAAAAAUCCCUGGAUCAGAAAUCAACUGGAACCCCCAAAAUUCUGAGCCUAAAAAGUUUCCAUCAACAGUUAAUUUAUUUUAAGAUGCAAAAAAUGAUAGUUAAAUGUUAUUGUGGUUUUUUGUUCAUCACACUAUGUGUAUUUUAUUUUUUUCCUCAUCUUGAAGUUAUUUCAACAAUGCCAAAAUACUCCCCUCUUUGGACAAAAUCCACUUGAAGGUUUUGCUUACAAGCAUUAUUCCCAUAGUUUAUCAGCUAUAGUGAUGGUUAUUUCAAUGGUCACAUCUGAGGGCAUUUAUUAACAAAAGCUUUCACUGUAAAAUUGAAAACAUUUGUGCAAGGUGAAUGGGGAAAGUAAAACCCAGCUGGAGGAAUACAUCAACCUCAUUGGUGGAAUGCCAAUAAUGCUGAGAAACAGCUUGUAUUGAACAGUACGUCGCAGUUCUUUUCUUUAACUGUUUGGUUUGUUUAUACCAAGAAAUUUCCUGAAAUAUGUUUCCUGAGAAAAAAUAAAGUAAAUUACUCAAUCAGUUAAUUAAUUAAUUUGUGUUCCAUCUUCUGUUCAGGUAAGGGUUCAAUUUAUGUGUGGGCGACUGGUAAUGGAGGCCUAGCCGAUGAUGAUUGCAAUGCAGAUGGUUACACUUCAAGCAUUUACACCAUUUCAAUUGGUGCUGUCAGUCGAUAUGGCCUUUCGACGUAUUAUGAUGAGCAGUGUUCUUCUACCAUGGCAGUAACUUUUACAGGAGACACUCAUCGUGGUGGGUCCAGUGAGGCAGAUCUGGUCACUACUGACCUCCAUCACAAAUGCACUGCACGGUUUCGUGGCACAUCAUCUGCAGCACCUUUGGCCUCAGGAAUUUUUGCUUUGGUUCUUGAAGCAAACCGAGAUCUGACCUGGCGAGAUCUGCAGCACCUAGUGGUAAAAACAGCGGUGAAGACCAGUCCAGAAGAUGAUGGCUGGAUCAGAAAUGCUGCUGGUUUGUGGUUUAACCACAAGUUUGGUUAUGGUCGUUUGAGUGCUAGCAAGUUGGUUGAUAAGGCACUAAAAUGGAAGUCAGUUGGGGAGCAACAUAAGUGCGUCGUAAAUGGAUCAUUUGAUAAUGGCGAUAUCAUUCCACUUAGUGGUACUUUAGAGCUUACUCUUCAAACAGAAGGUUGUAGAGGCACCAACAACUAUGUCAGAAAAUUGGAACAUGUUCAAGUCACAGUCAGUUUUAGGUUGUCCAAGGCAUUCCGUGGUGAUAUUAGCAUUGAUGUCAUCUCACCGGGCAAUACAAAAAGCACCUUGCUCUCUGUUCGCCGCCUGGACAAAGACACGUUUGGCCUGACUGACUGGGACUUCAUGACAGUACAUCUAUGGGAUGAGUCACCAAGCGGAACUUGGAAACUGCAAUUUCAUCACAAAAAACAAGAUAUUACCCAAGGGCUCAACAGGCAUGACAAUGACAUUGAAGAGCGAGAAAAAGUUGAGAUCCAGCACGACCUUUUGAAAGCACGCCGAGAUGAAAUUGUAGACGACUACAGCAAUUAUCAUGAUGAAAUUCAUCAUGGACGCUUUGGUGAAGACUACAUGCGUGAUCAAGUUUUUCCAGUUUCCAAUGACGAAGGUGAGUUAGAUAGUCUACUAACAGAAGAAGAUGAAGAAGAUUCUAAGAAUGCCUAUGCUGGUAGGGUAACAAAGUGGGCUUUGACCCUGUAUGGAACUGGUGAAAAGUAG